AUGGCAGCUAGACAAGAUUCUGAUAAUCUUGCUUGGGACCGAACCGACGCACUCUGGAAAGACGCGGUGAAACAUGUUCAAUUGACAUCCACAUGUCGCAAGAUUGAAUCUUUCGCUGAGAGGACUUUCGGACAAACCGCCACUCUGAUCCCUCCGAUAAUUAUCGGCGGUUUCAACGUUUUAUACAUUGUUCGAGUUGAUGUGCUCUCUGAAAAUGUUCUUGUGCGUCUGCCUUGUCCUAACCAAGCUGUUUUUCCUGCAGAGAAGACACUCGCAGAAGCUGCGACGGCCGCGUAUAUAAGCCAGCACACGCAACUCCGAGUGCCCAAAAUCUUAUACCAUGGCGUUGACUCUGAUAUUGGACCUUUCAUGAUUAUUGAAGAACUUGGGUCUCGGCGAGGGAUGGGUCAAGCGCUCGAGGUUCCUCGUAAGGACCUUAACAAUCCAGCCAUCUUGCAAUCCGACAUGCCGGAAACAAAGCUUAAGAGUUUGUAUGCUGAGAUGGCACGGUGUAUGUUACAGUUGGCGCAACCAGAAUUUUCGUGCAUCGGAGCUCUUGUCGAGGUUGAGUGGUACACGGCGUUGGCUGAAAUGCAAAUGGCCACUCUGGUCUUUCAGCAUAAUGACGUGGUGUCAUCUGAAGAUGAUUGCAGAAACAAGUAUGUCGCUCGACAACUGUUCCGCAGAUUGGCCAAGCAAGGUCAACUGUCCAGCUUUGGGUUCGCCGAAGAUAAUUGGUCUACCUACUCCAAGCACACUGGACCAAAGUUACCGUCACCAGACUGUUCAGGUUCCUUCCGCCUCUGGUCAGAUGAUUUUAGACCGGCCAAUGUCCUUGUUGAUAAUCAUGACCACGUUCUCGGAGCUAUAGAUUGGGAGUUUGCCUAUAUCGCGCCGACACAGUUUGUUUUGGACUCGCCUUGGUGGCUGUUACUCGACACACCCGAAAUGUGGGAUGCAGGCAUCGACGAUUGGAGUAAGAUCUACGAAGCAAAACUAGAUAUCUGGAUUUCAGCAAUGCAAGAGGCAGAGCAAGAGAUGAGCCCAGGUUCUUUUGUGCUUUCAGCGUACAUGCGAGAGAGUUGGACGACAGGUCGUUUUUGGCUCAACUACGCUGCUAGAAAGAGUUGGGCUUUUGACGCGAUCUAUUGGAAGUACCUCGACGAGAGGUUCUUUGGUGAAAGAGAAGAUGGUAUCCCCACUGAAGAAAUGUGGAAGACGAGGGUCCACCUACUUAGUGAAGAGGAGCAAGCGACAAUGAAGCCGCUGGUACAAGCCAAAAUGGCCGAGGCCAAAACACGGGUUCUGAUUGAGUGGGACGCUGAGGACGCAAAGAAGCAUAUUUCUUCUUUCCUCCUUGACUGA